AAAAGGGGGCAGUCUCCUCUGCUGCUGCCUCACACAGACUGACCCCGGCACAGUACAGGUGAGCUGCAGUGAGUGGGACCAGCACACUCCCGCAGCAAGGAAUACUGCUGCUGCAGAUCAAAUCACCUGCAGACUAUUCCAUGGUUACCUUGGAGAGGACAUAACGUUGCCUUUUUGCACUUAAGCACCAGAUUCCCUUCAGAAAGACUUUGAGUCUGAGCCAAAACGAGGCCACGAAAACAUUUGCCGGGAAGAAAAUAUAAACAAAGUGAAGACAGACCCAAACAAUUGCCGACCACAGUUUAACCCAAAUCAUGACGAUGGCUUCCUUUUUUGCUUUUUAGUAUUAAUGUCAGUUACUACACGCACCCUGUCAUCCAGUGGAAAAAAAGCAGUCUGCUGUAAACACUUUGUUUGGCUCUCAUAUAUGAAAAAAGUAACACAUGAUCCCGAAUGAAACCAUUGAAAAGCUUCACUGCAAAGCCAUCUUUGGAAUGACCUUUGCUGUGUGACAUGUUAUUUCUCACAUACACCAAACAGCAGGAAACUGCCAUAAGCGCAGCUCCCUUGUCAUGUCACACUGGAGUUACGAUCGCCAAGAUAAAGAGCAGAUCUUUUCGCUGAAAGAAAAAUAAUCUGAGGGCUGGAGAUUUGGAUGAAGACAGAGAGAAUGCUUUGGUGACUGAAAUAGAUGUGGAGGAAGAGCAACGUCUGGGAAAAGAAAAAGGAGUAUUAGAGAAAACUGGACUGUUUCCUCGGCUCUCCAUGCCAGAAUUGUGCAAUUUUUGUGUGGCAGUCGUCCAGCGGGACUCAUUUGGGGAACGUUGCCGAGGCCCGAGAGGGAGGUCCACUUAGAUAGAGAAUUAUACUUGAUGAAGACAAAAGCCAGAGCGCACUUCUUUUUGACAUUUUUCAUUGCAACUACAAGAAAACACUUGGAAGCAUUUGUGCUGAAAGCAGGACCGUGGCCAAUAGUAGCCAAUUGGAAAACUGAGCUACUUUCCUUGACACGUUUUUUGUUUUUUUGCUUUUCUCCAGUAAGGAGUAAAGCUUCAACAGGGAGUUUCGAUCCAACUGGGACACAACACUUCCAUAAAAGACUGUGAUUUUAACUUGGAGUUACAAUGGAGAUGGAGAAAGGACACAUAUCUUUGCGUAGAGGAGUGAGCUGGAGUCCAGGAGGAUUGACUAAAUCUAUCCAGGCGGCGCAAAGCACCACUGUGGAGGAGUGCAACGCGACACAUGAAAUGACUAGACUCAACACGGAACAGAUGAGCAGCAAAACAAAUCUAUCCAGGAGUGUCAGUUUAUCUGAGAAGGAGCUAAAAGAGGCCCGCCAGAGGAGCCACAUCAUUGCAGCUCAACUCACCGUCCCUUCCAGCUCCAGUUCCAGAGGCGUGCAACUCUUCAACCGGCGCAAGCAGAGGGUCAGCGCCUUUACACUGGAAAGCGCUGACGUGUGCUCGAAGGAGGACAAAAGUGGCAACGUGAAAGCCAACCCGUCAUGUAGCAAACUAACAUGGGCAGAGAGAAGUCGUGAGGAAAAGGACAAAGACUUGAACUACGAGAAUUGCACUAGCAGCCCACUAUUUGUGCCUAUCGGGAGUAUACCAGCAACAAGUGAUAACAUGGAGGAACAAGGCAACCGCCAUGUCAAAGAAGAUGUCGCUGAGCCCAGUGGUAUCCAAGAUAGGCAUUUUCUCCCUGUAAAGGAAAUAGAUGAGCAGGAGGAGGAAGAACAAGAUCCAAUCUACAAAGAACUUGAAGGCAAAGUCGUGGAUGAGCUUCCACCCGAGAGAGAAAAUACGAAUCCGAUCGCAAUGAGUCUCAUGGAGAGAGAGGCGGCCAUGAAUGGAGAUCAGCCGGGAACAGCUCCUCUUGAAAAGCUUUCGAAUGGCUGCCAUGGGCCUCCGAUGACUGCUGUGUCGACCUCGAAGCAGACCACCAUCAUCAAUCGAACUGCCAGGCCGUUUUUCUCACCGCUGACAGUGCAGUCUCACGAAGCAACGAGUCUUAUCACGGACAACCUCCCUUCUCGUUCUGCAUUCAGCGCUCCCCAGCCAGAGGUGGUUUCACCUCCGCCUCCCCCGGCAUAUCCCACACCUCCUCUACCGGCCUUCACCGACAAGCCUCCAAAAAGCGAUUACAUCAGUUCACCUGUUGCGUCUAACACUAACUGUCCACCACCCGCUGCCUUUACUGCAUCUCAGAGUGCCACUUCACCCCUUCCUCAAUACGGACCCCCAACAGCGCCAAAGCCUUCUACCUUCGUUCCUCAGCUGUGUUCAGGGAGGACGUCAGCGCCACCAAUCAAAACGGGAUUUCUUGAGGAUAGUGCUGCCAAGCGUCCAACGAAAAAGCCAAUGUUCACUUUCAAAGAGAAGAAGGUUGUAUCGCCAAACCCUGAGCUUCUUUCUAUGGUGCAAGGGGUGGAUGAAAAGAAGAAGCAUAGGCAUAGAUCUGUGCCUGAUCCCGCAUCUGAGGAGGAGUUACUCGCUCUGGGUGCAGAAGCGUCCAAUUUCCUCGCCAAAGAGGAUGACAGGGCUGAAGAAGCCAAAGCCCCAGAGUGGACCUCUUGUCUUAAGAGCUCCAGAACCUAUACACGAGUAGAACACAAACCAGAACAGAGCCUGAAUGAUGCAUCAGGUAAAGGCGCUGAGCUUUUUGCCAAGCGCAGGUCCAGAAUGGAGAACUACGUCAUUGAGAAUCAGAAGGCAGGUCACCAUAUUAGAUCUCCUUCUCCAACAAUGUCUUUGCCACCAUCUUGGGUUUACCCAUCCAAUAUGCCGGGUAGGGUCAAAGCUAUUGCGAAAAACUCGGACAUGUGCGCUCAACUUGCACAAAACAUGAAAGCCCAACAAAGUGCAAAGCCAAAACUAAGACAAACGGCACCAGCGAGACAAGUUCAAGAGACGCCUCCUCUUGAGAAUGGCUGCUCCAAGAUAGAGAUGGACCUCUCAAGACACCGACCCUACCAGCUAAACUCAUCCCUCUUCAUCCUUAAGCCAGUCAAAGACCCGCUGAGUACCCUUCCGAAAGGAGCACCUCAGUCCAGGAACGAAAUGACUUUUUGUCGACAGACUUCCUUGCCUAACAACCCUGCUACUCUCUUUCGCACCCAGUCUCAAUCUCCCCAGCUUCCGGUCGGCUCCAUCACAAGAGUAGAGUAUCCAGAAAAUGCGUCUUGCGGAAAGACAUCAGCUGCUUUUUCUCCAGCCCACGUGUCAUCUAAUCGGCUGGGGAUUCAGGCACCAAGGCCGAGAUUUUCUGCCAAGAAAGCGGGGAUUGAAGCACAGAGUCCAAGGGAAGCCUCCGCAACUGAACCAGCCAGUGCAACUCGGCUGGGCCUUACAAGGAAGUUCAGCAGCCCCGACUGUCUUGGCGGUACAACGUGGACGUCCGGUCUUCAAACACAGCGUCCCCCCGUGACCAUCUCUGGCCGAUCGGUCACAUCACCCGUUCCUUUUUCAAGGGUUACAAGAGGCCAAUCUCCUAUGAGCAGCCAAAAUAUUCAGCUUUCCACAGUUUCGUCAGCUUCCGGAACCAGGCCGCCACAGACAUCUACAUCCACAUCUCCAUGCUCCCCGCCUUGGGGUUCAAGAUGCCAAUCCCCAAUGGCACCCCAGAAUAUCCAAUCAUCCACCCAUUCCUCUGGUCAUGAUUUCAGAUUCCAAACAUCCCAUUCCUCUCGUUCGCUACCAUGGAGUUCAAGGUGCCAGUCCCCGGCAGUCAGUUCGCAAUCGACACAUGCUUCGCAUAUUUCGUCUAAAACAUCCACAAACACCUGCCCAAUCUCUCCACCUUGGGGAUCAAGAUGCCAGUCUCCCAUGGUGAGCGCGAGUACCGAGAAGUCCACCCUCUCCUCACUUUCUUCUUCCAGACCGUUUCAAACAUCCACAACUGCACCUCACCGUUCUCCUCCUUGGAGUCCAAGGUGUCAAUCACCAAUGGUAAUCCAGACUUCUGCUAUUUCUACUUCCAAACUUUCCAAACCACCAACAACCACUUCUCCUGUCUCGCCACCUUGGGGCUCACGUUCCCAGUCUCCUGCACUUUCUCAUACUAGUUUGUCUUUCCCCUCUGCUCACCGUCUGUCCAUCUCCUCUGCCUCUUCUCCUGGUCCCCCACCCAAGGACAUUCGCUGCAUGUCCCCAAUCAACAAUAAUUUCGAGUCAAAGGCUAACCAUCGAAUGCUGGCAAAGAACAUAAUCAAUGCAGCCAAACGUAAGAACAGCCCCUCGCCGGGUGCGUUGAGCGUUCACAGUUUACCCAUCUCGCCUGUGGGAUAUUCCCACCAUGGCUAUGACUGCAAACCAUUCCAGUCACAACGGCUGGGGGGGCAGUCGCCCAUCUUCACCAGCCCUCCACCAACCCCAACACAGCAGAUCUGCUCCCCAGUGAGGCUCUACAACACACGCUCGCUAACUGACUCUGAUGCGUCCAUUGAGUCCGAGGACUCGGGCCUGCGGUUGCCUGGCAUGCAUUCAUACAACACCUGUCCCCGCGGUUGGGGCGGCAGUCUGAGGGUGAAGAAAAGCACCAUCUCCACCGACCUGUGAGCUUGCAACAACCGGGGUUACAUUGAGACAUCUCGAAGCAGCAAAAUUCCUGAUUGAUAGUUCAAUUAGCAACCGAUUGUGACUUAUGGCCUUACAGUGACAAGAACAAGCUUUUUACAUAAACAAUUGUGGUAGCUUGUACGCUUCCGGCAUACUAAAAGGACACAUUAACCAAAGAUUUCUUUUUUUUUCACUUCACUUUGAAUGAAUGUUAUACUUUACAGUCUCACAAGGAGCAUACCUUAGCUUUCCUAGCUCAUUAGCAAUGACUGAUCAUUACUUUUUGAAUUUUACAAUCGUUGUGUACUGUUCAAAACAACAUUCCUACUUUAUUAAUGACCACAUGGAUUAUUAUGCUCCUAAUACUAUGCAGCACAGUGGUAAUCACUAAUCACACUAUCACACAUGACAGCAGUGUAUGUCUAUUAUAAUCCAAGGGAAAUUGCCAUACAUAGUGCAAUACUCAGUAUAACAUAGUGUACAUACUGUAUGUUGCUUUUUAUUGCAUUUGCUGAAGUGAAUGUAAACUUAACAGAGACAGAAAAGAGAGUAGAGGGGAUGUGAUGUGGCAUUAGUCACCCAUUCAAAAAAUGUUUGAGAGUGAUUCCCCAAGCUUUUAAUUGCUGGUGCAAAUGAAAGGACUUUAGAAUGGAUGGGCAUUUGACCAAACUUCUUAAAUUCAUUGUUAUUUUGUUUCUUUAUUUGAUAGGGGUGAGAAAACCUCUCUGAAUGUUGUGGACCCCUUUCUGUGCCAUUGGCAUAUUGGACCGAUUUUAAUGCUACCUGAAGGACUUGCUUGUAUGAAUGUAAUGUUGACUCCCUCCCCAAUUUGCUGAUAAACCAAUUUUCAGUGUUACAUCUAUGAAUAUGCGGAAAAAAGGAUUUUAAAAAUGUAUUUUGAAUGCAGAGUAUGUUCCUGAUCAUAUCUGGUAAGUUGCUUUUUCUUGGCAACUUGAUUUGCAAGUUUUGUUUCAUUCCUAAGCAAAACGAAGCGAUUUCAGUCUGGAUUGUCUCCAAAUAGCGCUUUGUGCAAUUCCGUUAGUUGCCAAAAUGGAUGUAAGUGGCCGUGGCCUUCAAAUCAACAGAUCCGAAAAGCGAUCCUUGCACACAUCUUGCCCCACCAUACGUCAGCAAACACAGCACAUCAACUGAGUUUUUUGAGAGGCAUGGACACCUGCUUGGUGUUGACCUUCAGCAGGAUUAAACCUGUCGCCGUCAAUGGAUUGGUUUCAGUAGGACUUUGGACAGGCCAACCACUCCUGACACUUUUCAUUUAGACUUUGGCAAGCAUUUCUUUUUUGAUGGCUCUGUGAUUAUGCAAUUGCAUUUUUACACAACUAACAUUCCAUACUUGCAUGAUGUCUGGAAAUCUUUGAAUAAUAAAGUGGUGACACACAAGUAAA